AUGGAGAAUGAGGCCAAUAUGACAACCGAGGCCGCGAAUGAUCUCAAUCCGAAUGGCUUUAUCACCAACCGCGAGCUCGACGGCGAGCGACGUUCCAUCCGCCACUAUAAUGAUGGUCGAGUAUCCGGCCGCGGUAGGAGUGUCGAGGGUAGCCUUCGAUCAAAGAUGCAGAAGAACUCCACAGGGGCCGGAGGCCGCGCCAGACCCCCAACCUCUCGCUCUCGGGACCUGAGCGGUCGAUCUACUCCAGCUUUCGUGUCCGGUUCAUCUGAUAUCGCUGGUAUCACUGCUGCCAUGGCCAAGCUCACUGUUGACCAUCCCACUAGCCCUAAGGUAAAGAGACUUAACAAAAAGUUGAACCUUGAUGCCUAUUCGGGGUUUGAGACUGUGACUUUGCGAAAGGUCACUCCUUCAUCUACGGCCAGUGUGGCCUCCUCUACGUGCAGCACGGGUAGCAGAAGUUCAGUCAAUGCUAGGAUAGCUGAGAUUGAAGGUCGGGUAAGGAAACACAUUAAGACCCAGCUUCAGUCUAUUAAGGAAGAACAGGAAGAGUAA